CGCGUGCCGCGGCUUUGACAUAAAAUACGAAAAUGAUAUUCGGCACCGUAAAUUCCGGAAAAUCAAUAGUAGUGUUGUCACUCUGCUGCAGUUUUCCCGACCUUAGUACCGAAAAUUUACACGAAUGGUGAAAGCGAAAGACGAUCCCGUGGCCGAGCUAGUACCAAAUGUCAACAACGACAAAACGUCAAUAACCCACCCGCACCCCAUGAAUCACAACCACAUCCUCAAGCCCUGCAACAACCAGAAUCACCUACACCACCACAAGAUCUACCAUCACUACACCUAUUAUCACCACUACGCGCCGGGCCAAUCGGAAACGGACGCGGCGGCGCUCAGUGGCGGCGGAACGGGGGAGUCGACCACCCCCAAGUUUUAUUUCGGUCCCGGUUUCGAACCCCAGACGCCGCCGUCGUCGGGCUCCAGCUCUGCCGCACACGAUCAGGCCGCCAAUGGGGGCGAGACCAAAAGCUCGGAGUAUGUUGUGUUCUUCCACGUCAAUCCUGGAGUGACGAUCAGCUUUCAGAUCGGGGAUACGACUGAGGUGCUGAGGGGACCAGUCACUGUUCCUAUGGUCUCAACGAACACUUCCCCUCCAAUCGCCAUGCCGGUGACAGUUCCUGCAGGUCAUGUCGUCCAACAGAUCGUUGACGAAAGUGGCACCUUGAGACACGUGAUACUGUCUCCACAACACCCAGCUGGUUUGGUCAGUUUACAACCUCAUUCUCAGAGCUAUGCGAACGAGACCAACGGCAGUUCCAACCAAAGACACUUCCAGAACAUUCCGCCACAUCCGAACUACGGCCACCAGCACCUCCACACCCAGAUACCGCCUCCCAAUCUGCCUUCUGGCGCGCCCAGUCCCCAGAUCAUGGGCCACGGCUCGCCCCCUCCGCCAGCCCAGACCUACUACAAGGACGAGCGCACGCAGCGGCAGCACUACAAGCUCAAGAAGAAACUGUACGACAAGCAGAUAAAGGGCGAGCCCCCCAACCAGGGCGCGAACGACGGGUACAUCGGCUCGCAGACCAAGCUGCUGAUGUGCGCCGCGGCGGACAAGAAGGCGGGCGGGAACAGCGUCGAGACGUCGGAGGACGGCGAGGAGGGCAGCGUGCAGGACGACGAGGAUACCGUCAGGGUGAUCACGGAGAUCCUGUCGUCGAUCGAGGCGCCGCUGGUUCUCGACUUGGGCCCCCGCAGUGCCUUACUCCAAUGGGCCCCACCGGUCCACAUAACAGAGACUCCGGAAGGCGAAGACCCCGGCGUCGAAAUAUCAGAGUCUGACCUCGUCUACGAGGUCCUGUUGAGCGACAAGAGCAAGGAGAUGAAGUUCAAGUCGAUCUACAGGGGCGCCUCGCUAUCCUGCAGGAUAAGAGACCUGCGACCCGGCCAGGAAUACUCUGUGUGCGUUCAGGUGCAUUACGGGGAAUUGCAGGGAUCUGCAACCGAUCCGAUUGUGAGGUUCGUGACGCCCCCUUGUGAGCCCGACAAACCCCCGGUUCCUAAGCUGUUCCACAGGACGAAGAACACCGUGCAGAUAAGAUGGAACGCUGUCAACGACAACGGCUCUCCCAUUCAAAGCUACAUCCUGGAGUGCGAUGAUGGAGGUGGAGAAUUUGCUGAGGUGUACAACAGCAAGGGCAAACAGCACACUCUACUGAAACUGCGACCUUCCACUGCCUAUAAAAUAAGGAUGGCUGCCGUCAACGAGAUCGGCAAGAGUCCCUAUUCCGACAUAGUGACGUUUCACACUGCCGACAACCCGCCAAGUCAGCCACACCCCCCUACCUUGGUCGAGGCCACACCUUCUAGUCUUCACUUGCAGUGGAACAAAAGAUUCAGGGACGACGAGUUCACCCUGCAACUGGAUAAUCCUGCCAACGCUUACGGUUUCAUGAAUGUGUACAGCGGUCCGGACACACAUUACCAUUGCAACAGACUUCACCACUUUACGAAUUACAAAUUCCGUCUACGAGCUCAAAAUGAGGCGGGUUACUCCCCUUGGUCCGCAGAGGUCCAGUAUGCCACGUUGCCAGAUCGACCAUCGGCACCCUCAAAGCCUACAGUUAAGGGUAGGAUUCAGGCGUACUCGUUCAAGCUACAAUGGGACACACCGACCCACACAGGUGGUUCGGAAAUCGAAAACUAUAUACUAGAAGUCAAUUCCGGUAGUGGGUAUAGAACAGUCUAUACCGGCAAAGAAGUAGAAGCAGUCUGUGAUAAAUUAACUCCCGGUACCACAUAUCAAUUGAGGGUGUGUUGCACAAGUCGUGCUGGUGUCAGCAACUACUCUGAUCCAUGUACGGUAACAACUGACGCCAUACCACCUGGCCAAUGCCCCACUCCCGAACUGGCACAAAAACCUAAACCAGACUCGAUAAGUCUGAAUUGGUAUGAGCCGGACUACAACGGUGGUGCUCCUGUCUUGGAGUAUGAGGUGGAGAUGUGUGAUUCAGAAGGGAAAUGCAGUCUAGUCCAAAAGAGUAAAGCGAUGAAGUGUACAGUGGAGGGUUUGAGUCCUGGAUGUGAAUAUAGGUUCAAGGUCCGUGCAAUUAAUAGGAUAGGGCGUAGUCCAUGGUCGGAUGAUUUAGUUGUUAUAAGUGGAGCUGCCCCUCCAUGUCAACUGUGUCCUCCCACCUUGAGUGUUAAGUCUUCCCAUAUUGUUCAUGUAGAGUGGAAAGAACCAAAAUGUAAUGGAGCACCUAUCAAAGAGUAUAGGCUAGAAAUGAAUAGUACUGAACCAGACAAAGCCUUUGAACCAGUUUAUGAGGGUUUAGACUUACAGUAUGAAGUCAAGAACCUAGUUCCAGCAACUGCCUACGACUUCAGGGUAGCAGCCGUCAACUCGGCUGGUCCAAGUCCAUUUUCAGAAAUUUCGACUGUUACAACUCCAGCUUCACCUCCAUCUGCAGUCAGUUUCACUAAACAUUCCUCCACUCCCACUACCAUAAGUCUUCAUUGGAACGAACCAUUACAUAAUGGUUCAGAAAUUACAGGGUAUAAGAUUGAAAUAGGUGAUAGACAUAUACCAGUCGAAGCACCAGCUUCCUUCUACGAGAUCACAUCUCUCCAAUGUAACACAACGUAUAAAAUUAGGAUACAAGCUGUCAACAGCAUAGGUGACGGACCAUUUUCUUCCAUUUUGAGGGUGGCAACGUUGAAGUUCCCUCCCUCGCCACCAAAGUUACAGUGCGUGGGAAUAGGACACAAUUACAUUAAAUUGAAAUGGGGCGAAGGAAAGAAUUUAGAUUAUACCCAGUAUUGUGUUGAGGUUAUGAAUCCUAGAUUCAAAGAAUUCCAGUCUGUCUACAGAGGCACAGCAUUUACCUGCAAAGUCAAUAAACUCCAAGAACUCACCGCCUACAAGUUUAGGAUCAGAGCAUCGAAUGAUCUAGGCGUUGGAGAGUACUCUAAAGAAUACGAAUUCACAACAAGCAUUUCACCCCCUUCCAUACUGAAAGCUCCUAAAAUCGUAGAAAUAGAAGAUCAAAUCUGUACAAUUGAAUGGCUGCCUGGCAAGAAUACUUUCACAGACUCUCUACUUUACGAAGUUCAAUUAUGUAGAAAUAACGAAAAUUACACAAGGGUUUAUAGAGGCCCCGAGGUGAAAUAUCAAAUCAGGGACCUAGAGGAGGAAGUCAGAUACAGCGCAAGAGUGUGUUCUGUAAGGUUAGCAGCUUCCGGAGAAUUAGAAGGACCUUUUUCCCCCGUUAUCAAUUUCUCCAUACCCUCUAGUAAAACGUCAGAACAGAAAGUUACAGCCACAACUUCCGCGGUUGUAACCCAUCAGAACAAGAACCGGAACGUGGUACAACAAUUGAAAAACACGUUCAAUCUAAGAACAAUGUCCGAAAGACAAACCGUGUUUGCAUACGCCGUUCUAUGUACUAUAAUCGGUAUACUUCUAGCCAUUAUGUCUAUUACACUUUACGAUUACAAAUGAAUCGAUGGGGAAGAGACGAAUUGAAUUUUUUCAAUUUAUCAAUUCCUACAACAAGGUAAUCAGAAUCGAUGCUUUUUAUGGUAAUAAUAGAGGUCCAAAAUAUUUAGUUUCUUGUAGUUUUUAUACAUGAAUGUAUGGCUGGUGCUAUUAAUAUAUUUUGAAAAAAAAUAGGAAAGGAACGACGUGAGAUAUUUCAUGAUUUUUUUAGAUAAAAUAGGGAACGUGCUAAUCCGAGUCUGAUAAAUAGAAUUAAAAUGGAGUUUCUUCAUUUUUUUCCAGUUGGAAAAAUUGGUGUAUUUUUGAAACGAUAAUUAUUACUGUAUCUUUUUUUUUUAUAAUCUGGAAGUUUCAUGAAAAAUCAUGAAGAAUUUCACUCAUAUUAUGUCUAAUAAAUGUUAUCUAAUUAUCUGUAUAAAGUUCUAGGUAUUUCAAAUUCGUUUGCUAUAGAUUGAUAUAGCGACUAUAUUUCAUAGUUAGAGAUUCUUUAUAUUCCUAAAUUUAUAUUAGAAAUUUCAUUUUUUUUGGCAUGUCAAACGAAACGACGAAAUAACGAAAUGAAAAAUUAGGAUUACUGAAAAAAUUGUCGACUAGUCAUUGGGAAUCAUACUUUGAAAAAUAAGAAAAUUGUGCAUUUAAAUAGUCAUCGAAGAAAUCGCUCUAACUCUGAAAUUAGAUCUGGUGUUGAAUUUAUGCCUAUAAUAUUCUCUAUUAUAUGUUGGUAUUUGCAAUUUUAUUGAUAAUAAUUGUAACAUAACAGUAAAUCAAUUUAUUAAUGAUUUUGUUGUCCCACAAAAAUCUGAUUGAAGGAUUUCAUCACAUCUCUGUUUUAUGUUGUGACUCGUAUUUGUCUGAGAAAAUUGACUUCUUUGCAAAAAACUCGUUUUUUGAAAUAAGGAAAUUCUAAAAAAAAAACUAUUACAUGUAGUUCCAAAUUUUUUAUUUUUCAGAGAUCCUGUUCUUAUACUGUAUAUUUAAUUGCGAUAAGUAAAUAUUUCUCCUAUUCGUUAAUAUAAUUUUUUUGUAAUAUUAUUUAAGUGGUUGUUCAUUGAUGGAAUUUUUUCGAAACUGCUAUGUCGGUUUUCCUAGUGAUGAAGAGAAAAUAUAAAUAUAUUUUUAUAUUACAUGCUUGAUAUAUUUUCCAUAGGUAUUUAUAUUGAAUGAAAUUAUUUUCUUGUAGCCUAUUGUCUAGAUACACUGUUGAAAAUUAAUUUUGGAAUCCUUGGCCUUGAUCAGUGAUCGUACUACGAAGGAAGUAUUGAAUUUUUUAGCAAAAUUUUAAAUCGAUGUGCAAUAAAGCUUAGAUACCCAAUGAUGAAUGAAGUAAAACCUACCAGGAAUCAGUAUUAAUAAUUAUCCAAUAAAUGAUCAGAAUUCACUUAGAACUAAGAAAGAAAUUUAUCUGUAUUUUCUAUAAUAUUUUUCUUACUUUUGCUUCAUCAUAUUGGUUCUCAUUUUGAAAUCAUAAUCAUUAUAUAUAAUAGUUUUUUAGCGAAUAUAGUUAAAUUACUGAAUUAUGCAAAUAACAUAAUUAAUAUUUUUAUUUGACUUGUACUAUUACCAUGUUUAUAUAAAUACAUUGUUAAUCAUUAUGGCUAUUCAAUAUGAUUUUUUUUUCAAAUUUUAUGUAGUAUUUGUAUACGUCCUAUUCGAAGUUACGUAAGCAAAGAUUUAUUAUGAUGUUAUAAAAUACUUACAUGAAUUACAUAAUUAUAUUUUAUCUACCUUA